CUACGAAACACCACCCACCCACUCUUGAGUAGGAUCCAGCCACCCACCACUAGCUUGUAGCAAGCCCUACUAAGCUAGUUGGAGGUUUCUCCGCGGGCCAGGUGAUAGGUCGUGCGUCUGUUCGCAUUUCUUACCUCCUUCUCGACUUGAGUAGAGGCCGGGAUCCACGGCUGUGGAUCCACAAAGUAUAUCUGUCUAGGUUCCGCACAGCGGUCCAAGAUGAUAUCCUUCAAGAUGCCGCUACAUGUGCUGCUGUUAGCUGCCUUCGUCAUAGCAGCUUCUGCUCAUGCGGUGGUACAAGGGGGGCACCGGCAGCUUCUAAGCGCGCGGGAUCAUACCUACAAAGAGCAUGACUCUGUUCCACUUUACGCGAACAAAGUCGGCCCGUACCACAACCCUAGCGAGACCUACCAGUACUACGAUCUGCCGUUUUGCCGCAAGGCGGAGAGCUACAAGCUGGAGGACCUUGGCGAGGUCAUUGAGGGAGACCGCCUGGUGACGACACUCUAUGACUUGAGCUUCCGCGUCAACAAGGAGAGCGAGUCCCUUUGCACCAAGACGCUGGCUGUGGAGGAGGUUCAGAAGUUCCGUCAGGCAGUCAAGGACGAUUACUAUUUCCAGAUGUUCUACGACGAUCUGCCUGUGUGGGGAUUCAUUGGAAAGACGGAUUCCGCCACCGGCGGCGACGGCGGCGUCGACUCUCACGGCCAGGACAUUCGCUACCUUCUCUUCACGCACGUGCACUUCGUGGUGUCCUAUAACGGGGAUAGGAUCAUCGCGAUCAGCGUGAGGACGGAUCCGUCGCAGACGGUGGAUAUCACGGCGGACGCGGAGGUGAAGGUGGAGUUCAGCUUCAGCGUGCGGUGGGAGGAGACGAACACGCCGUUCGAGAAGCGCAUGGAGAAGUACUCGCGGUACUCGUUCAUGCCGCAGCACCUGGAGAUCCACUGGUUCUCCAUCAUCAACUCGUGCGUCACCGUGUUGCUGCUCACCGGCUUCCUCGCCACCAUCCUCAUGCGCGUGCUCAAGAACGACUUCAUCAAGUACACGCGUGAUGACGAGGCCGCAGAGGAGCAGGAGGAGACUGGUUGGAAGUACAUCCACGGGGACGUAUUCCGCUUCCCCCCUUUCCCCUCUGUCUUCUGCGCCCUCGUUGGCGUGGGCUCGCAGCUGCUGGUGCUCGUGCUCUUUGUCUUCGCGCUGGCGCUCAUCGGAGUCUUCUACCCGUACAACCGCGGCGCUCCCUACCAGGCGUGCAUUGUCCUGUAUGCGCUCACUGCAGGCAUCGCAGGCUACGUGUCCUCGUCUUUCUACCGCCAGAUGGGCGGAGAGAACUGGGUGCGCAACGUGGUGCUGACAGCGCUGCUCUACUGCGGCCCAUUCCUGCUUGUCUUCUCCUUCAACAACUCGGUCGCCAUCGCCUAUGGCUCCUCCCAGGCGCUGCCGUUCGGCACCAUCGUCAUCAUCAUCGUCAUCUGGACGCUCGUCACAUUCCCCCUCACGGUGCUGGGUGCCAUCUGGGGCAAGAAGAAUGCGGGCGAGUUUGAGGCGCCGUGCCGGACCAGCAAGUACCCUCGCGAGAUCCCACCGCUGCCCUGGUACAGGACGGCUGUGCCUCAGAUGUGCAUGGCUGGCUUCCUGCCCUUCAGCGCCAUCUACAUCGAGCUCUACUACAUCUUUGCCACGCUCUGGGGCCACAAGAUCUACACCAUCCACAGCAUCCUCUUUAUUGUCUUCCUCAUUCUCAUCAUCGUGACUGCCUUCAUCACCAUCGCUCUCACCUACUUCCAGCUGGCCAUUGAAGACCAUGAGUGGUGGUGGAGAUCUGUGCUGUGUGGGGGCUCGACGGCCUUCUUCAUCUAUGCGUACUGCUUCUACUACUACUUUGCGCGCUCCGACAUGACGGGCUUCAUGCAGACGUCCUUCUUCUUUGGCUACAUGGCCUGCGUGUGCUACGGCUUCUUCCUCAUGCUCGGCGCCGUCGGCUUCCGCGCUGCGCUGCUCUUCGUGCGGCACAUCUACCGGGCCAUCAAGUGCGAAUAGUCAAGGUAGCCAGCUGGGGGCCUGGGGCGGGCCUUGAGUGAGCAGCCCUGGAGGAAGGGGAGGAAGCAGAGGUGCAACUGCCAUGUGGUGAGAGGGGAGGAGGGAGGGAGUGAGGGAGGAGGGGAGGGAGGGAAGGAGGUGCCACUUUCAGGGAAGCUGCUGAUUUGGACAAGUGCACGCACACUGGACAGAGAGAAAGGCUAUUGGCUGCAGGAGCUUUAGGUUGGGACAGCUGGUGGGUUUGAUACAGUCAAUCUACGGAAAGAUUACAGUGGCCAGGCCAGUUUCUGUGGUGUUGAAAAAUUCUUGUGACGAGCUCGGGCUUGGACAAAAAGAGGCACUGGGUGCUCCACGGAGGUGGGCAAGGUAUUCAGAGGCGUAUGUAAUGUCACUGCAGAUAAUGGGACAGGUUUGUAGGCCAUUGAGCAGCAGGCGUGCUCCUUUUUGAGUUCCUCCCUGUGACAAUUAGCUGACUGACUGCAAUGCUUUCAUUGAUUGCUUGUUUUGACCAGGUUCUAUGGUGCCCCCAUCAUGUUGGAUUGGAUGUGUGAUUGACUGAAUAAUC